UGUGAGCUUACACAAGCUCCAGGCAAGUCUGGUCAUGUGCUCAAUUGCUAUUUAAGAGAAGAGAAUGAAAUGGACUGACUCUUGGGGGGCUACAGUUUUUGCACAAAACAGGAGCAGCAUGCACAGUUGGAGUGUACAGAGGGCAGGCGUCCUGGCCGUGGCCCUGUGUGCUGGCCUGGCUUUGGCCCAGUUUCCCAGGAACUGCGUCACCCCUGAGGGGCUGCGGAGCGGCCAGUGCUGCCCGUCCCCCACGGGGGCCGUGGGGGACGAGUGCGGCUCCAUCUCGGGAAGGGGCCAGUGCGUGUCCAUUGCGGCCGACAACCGCCGCCAUGGGCCGCAGUACCCAUACUCGGGGCGCGACGACAGAGAGAGGUGGCCCCUGAGAUUCUUCAACCGCACCUGCCAGUGUAAUGGAAAUUUCAGCGGUUACGACUGUGGGCGAUGCAGACACGGGCUGACGGGACCAAACUGUGAUCAAAGAAUCUCUGUGGUGAGGAGGAAUAUCAUGCAGAUGAGCACAGCUGAGAAGCAGGCGUUUGUGAAUGCUUUGGACCAAGCAAAGAGGACCAUCCACCCUGACCUGGUCAUCUGCACAAGAAGGUACCAGGAUGUGAUGGGGCCGGACGGCAACACGCCACAGUUUGAGAACAUCACCAUUUACAACUACUUUGUCUGGACCCACUACUACUCCGUCAGUAAGACGUACCUGGGGGCGGGCCAGGUGAGCUUCGGAGGGGUUGACUUCUCCCACGAGGGCCCAGGCUUUGUCACCUGGCAUCGUUUUCAUCUAAUGCAACUGGAGAGAGACAUGCAGGACAUGCUGGGCGAUGCCUCUUUCGCCCUGCCCUAUUGGAACUUCGCCAUCGGAGGCAGCGACUGCGACAUCUGCACCGAUGACCUGUUGGGAUCGAGGAGCUCCUUCGACGUGAACUCCAUCAGCCCCAACUCCGUGUUCUCUCAGUGGAGGGUGAUCUGCGAGAGCGUGGAAGACUACGACACUUUGGGCACCGUCUGCAACAACUCUGAGAGCAGUCCCAUCCGGAGGAACCCGGCGGGGAACGUGGCGCGACCCAUGGUGCAGAGGCUGCCGGAACCCCAGGAUGUGCUGGACUGUCUGGAGCUGAACACCUUUGACACCCCUCCGUUUUACUCCACCUCUUCUGAGAGCUUCAGGAACACCAUUGAAGGGUACAGCGCUCCUCAGGGGCUGUAUGACCCUGUCGUCCGCAGCCUCCACAACCUGGCCCACCUCUUCCUCAAUGGGACAGGUGGACAGACUCACCUGUCUCCCAAUGACCCCAUCUUCGUGCUGCUGCACACCUUCACUGACGCAGUCUUUGACGAGUGGCUCCGCAGGCACCAGCCAGGUGAAGUAGUCUACCCCGAAGAGAACGCUCCAAUCGGACACAACCGCAGGUUCAACAUGGUUCCUUUCUGGCCGCCUGUCACAAAUGCUGAGAUGUUUGUUCCUGCACCAGAAAAUCUGGGAUAUUCAUACGAGGUCCAGUGGCCAACUCGUGCUCUCACCCUGUCUGAGAUCAUCACCGUGGCCGUCGUUGCAGUGGUGGUGGUCGUUGCAGUGCUGGGCGGUGUCUUCGCCUGCGUGAUCCGAGCUCACUCCGCCCGCUCAUCCGAGUCCCUGGAGCCGCUGCUGGGAGAAACUUUCCGAAGUUACACAGACGACGACAGGAGAUUCGACAAAUCACAAUCUGUCGUCUGACCUCGAGCCUUUCCGGAGAGGCCCUGACACGUUCCCGCAUAUGUUUUGCCUUUUGUAUUCCCACAUUUCCUCUAAUAAACUUAGAUUGGUUGGUGAUGUACUAACAAUUCCUGGCUCCCAGAAAGUACCGGUAAUUUUUGGCUGCGGGAUCAUUGCCCGUAGGAUGAGUUUGAAAAAAAUUCAAACGCGCAGCUCGGAAAGCAAACAUGGAUUUCUCCUGUCAAGCUGUGACCAAAAUAUUAGUAGUUGCAAGGUUAAUUACUUAUUUUGUCAGUGGUAAUUCCAUAUUUUUCCCAUAUAAAAUCCAUAAAAAUAUGCUUACAUAUACUUUGAAGUGAUGACCAUGUGUGAUAAGGUGGAAAUAAACUUUGGCAAUAAUAAAAUACGUAAGAGCAGCUCCAUCUUGGAGCCUGACCAUGGCAUGAUCUGGGACCUCCUGAUUCGGUCUGAGAGUUCCCCCAGGCGGCUUCCAGUUUCCAGGCGGCAGACUGAUCUUAUCCUAGUAGAAAGUGCUUUUGCACUGUGCCAUUAGACUUCAAUUUGCACAUGUUAUAUUCAACUAAUAAAGGGGGUCAUAGGGACAGAUCCAUCUUCAAAAACAAGAAAUUGUUGCAGUGUUAUGAUUUUUUAACCAGGUGGCUAAUUAUUUACAUCUGUGGACAACUAUAUUUGUAUUUGUACAGUCAUAAAUAUUCAGCAUCUUUUGCUUGAAUAUGACACCACUAAAUCUAAAACACCCUGGUUGAGUUUAAUAAACAACACUAAUAUUAAAUACAUAUGUUGACCUAUCUACCUGGUUGCAAUCAGUAGCAUCUGAUCAAAUAUGAUCCCCCUUCAAACCCCUUCAGACCUGAAUGCAGCCAGAGUGCCGUAAGUAAAACCCUCUACUCCCACAACCUAACUAAGAAUAUUUGAGGAACAUUUGAAAGAGGAUUUUCUGCUGCAAAGGUUCACUGGCAGUUUAAAAAACUCCUCCAGCGUUGAUUGGCUGAAGGAGCUUGGAGCCACCAUGGAUCACUUUAAAAGACCGUCUGCUAGACUUCCACUUGGAAGGGUCCUGAAAUGAUCCACCAUGUCUCCCGGCUCCUUUAGAUGCCAAGGCUGGGUUAGCACAAGCAGCCUGCUGCUUAUCUCAGGUAAUCUGUUAUUAGAAUGAACAGCACAAAACAUAUUCUCUUUUAAAUAUGAAUGAUUAUCCUCUGUUAGGUCUUUAGUCACAGCUCCUAAGUUAUGUUCAGAAGUAUAUACAGUACUAGGUGCUCAGGAGCAAAAGUGGCGACCGACAAGGAAGUGAUGACGGCUAAGCAGGCGGACAAUCAGAAGACAGCUCCCCUAAUUAUGCAAUCGUGCUAUGGAGACCACAAUUGUUUUUUGAACUUGGCUAUAAAUAUAUUUUUCUUACUUCCUGGUUUGAAACUACACAAAAACAUUCAGGAAACAUACUGUAACAUGCAUCCAGAAGCCAAAGGUAUGUUUAUAUCAGGACAGCUCUUUAUGUCAACCAUGUGACAACCACAGGCUGACUUUCAGUCAGCAGUUCUGCAGCUGAACAUUCUGGGUACCAGGAAUUGUCCGCUGGAUGGGAAUUUUAAUGUCAGUCAGCUCACUCAGUUGGUAGACUUAUUAAAAAGCAGACUUGGGCCAUUGGAUAUGAGGAUUAAGGUAAGACGGACCAUUAUUUGGUCUAAAUGGGAAAUUCACAUCGCUACCGCGAACGCCACACACAAGUUUCACCACUCUAGCAUCUCCUUUCCUGCCUCCAGCCAGGCCCUGCCACAAUAUCCUUGCAGAGAACAUUAAUCCGUCUGAAAGACGCCUGCUUAAUGCAUUACAGACAGUUUGAUGCACGCGCUCCCAUUUCAUUCGUUGUUUAUCUGUGACAAGGCCGCCAUUAUGUAAACAACAGCACGGCUGUGUGAACAGACCGCAGCCUUGUCUUCAUGCAGGCCUUUUGCUGCAGGUUCAAAUUUGUUUGUCUGAAGCCUGAGGCCAUCUGGCAAAUCGCUGCAGUUAAUGUUAAUCUUCGAACCAAUGAGCCUGAUUAAAUCCGUGCAGGUUUGCAUCAAUUUAUAACAGCACACACACUGUCCUCAUGUGGAUAGAAUGCGGUACUGCACAUGGGAAAAACAAUUGACUUCCUUUUACAGA